CUGUAUUUUCUAUUUUUAUAUCAGUGCGUCUGCACUCCCAAAAAUAGAACUUCAAGUUUUGAACAUAGUAUUGUUAAUUUUGUCGGCAUAUGUACGCGAUCCUUUGCUUGUGUUUAGUCAUUUCAAAUAAAGUUUAAUCAAAAUCACACAUCAUGGCAGAUCCAGUUCAGAGUCAAUUGCUAGAGGCUGGAGAGACUGGGGGUGGGGAAGGUUCAGCGCAACCUACACAAAUUCCAGUUGAAGCGAGCUCAGUCGACAUGAAGGCCGAAGUAACGACGGAGGUAAAACCAGAUGGUUCAGAAAACAAACCUGUCGAAAAACUAGAAGACAAUAAGCUUGGAAAUAACGAGGUGAACCAGAAUAAUGUCAAAGAAAACGGCGACUGGCAACAAAGGGAACAAGCACUGCUGAAAAAGAUUGAGGAACUGGAGAAAGUCAAAACUGAGAGGACGGAAGAUGGAUUUAAACUGGAACUUAAGGUCCGUGAAGAAGAAAUCGAUCUUCUCAAAGCGAGGGUCCAUAAUUUGGAGACUGAACUGCAAGCGGCUUUGUCAAAACCCUCCGGCAAGAAUCACGAGAUGAUUGAAAAUAUUAAACAACAGCACGAAGAGUUGCUCAGCAAAGCGCGUGGCAUGAUUUUCGAUAAGACUAAGAUGGUGAAGAAUCAAGAGCUCCAGAUAGAAGCUUUGACUACACAAGUACAAUCUCUCAAGGAUAUCAACGUGAUCACUAAGGACCUUCUAGAAAUAAGGAACUCGGAAGUUAAAGCUAUGGAAGACCGUCUAAUGGCAAUGGAAGCUAGAUUUAAGGCUGAAAAAGACAGAUACGGCUUAGUGUUGCAACGAGCCCAGACCAGCACUACUCUUAACGAUGACUUGAAGAAGGAAUACGAAACACAACUCGCUAUAUUCAAGGAAUUGAGACAGAAAUAUGAACAGAGGGUGCAGGCUUUGGUUGCUGAAAAUGCAAAGCUUAAAGAGCUGGCCGCUCAGAAAGCUGGUACAUCUGGUUAAGACAGGCUCUCGAACUUAUCCACUUAUCAUCAAGAAGACGGAACGAGUCGAUUAGAAUGUAAAUUUUCUAGUUUUUUCUUUUGAAUCUUUUUAAUACAGACUCCAGCGUUUAGUUAAAGGCUCCUGUUGUCCUGGUGACAUUGAAUGGCAUGACUAAUUAUUGCCGUUCACAAUAUUCUAUCUGCUGGUUUGCUUACAUUAUAUUUACAUAAGUCCCAUACAAGUUAUGACAAAACAACGGACACAUAGAAUUUUGAGAACAGCUAUUCAAGGCUGUAACCUACCAAUAGCUUAUAAAGCAGGAAGCAUUUCUUUCUUUUCUUCUGUCAGACCUUAGUUUUAAUGAUUACAAAGUUCAGCUGCUAAUGUUGACCCGUGGCUAAUUCGUCACUGAUGUCAUUAGAUACUUAUGUUUGCAAUACAUGAACAAUUUGUUUCAUGGUCAUCCAUGGCAUAUAGAGUGUAAAGACUGUUUCUUCAGCGUCAGUUUGAUUUGUUUUUGUCCAUUUUAUUUUUGUAAGAUGAAUAGUUUAUUGUAUCAUUUUAUUUAAAUAAUACUAA